GCGAAUGAUCGGCUGCGUCAGUUUGAGUUGCUGUGCGUACCGUGAUUUACAAAGAUGAGUUUGGAUCAAUGCACUUCACGUAAAAUUGGUAUCACGUCCUAGAAUCGCCUUUACGAUGCCACUAAGAAAGCUAAAGUUUAGUAGUAAAACUAGUCUAAGCAAAGAGCGUUAGAUAUGUCGAUGUGAUCAGCAUGGCUGUCAAGGAGGUCACGGAAACCCAAUCAAAAUGGGACGGCCCAUUGUUAAAAGGAGAGGGGAAGCGGCAGCCCAUCAUCUUGCAACAAAGCGUCACCAUGCUGGCCUAUAUGGACAAGGAGAACCGAUCUGUAGCGCAGCAAGGUACGCAGCAGCAGAGUGGUUCGUUUCUAGACUCCUUCGUCACUGGCCACUCCAGGGACCUGCCAAUCCUGAUAGGAGCCGCUAUGGGUGCUGUGGGACUCAUUGUGAUCAUCCUGGCUGUAGUCGUGGUCUGGCACUGCUGUUCAAGGAAAACCAGCAAUGAUAAAGCAUAUGUUGUGGAGAACCUGAGCCGCAGCAGCAGUGUAUCAAGACCACCACCUGCAAGUAUGGUACAGAGUGAUUCUGUGAUCUUCCUGAGUGCAAAGCCUCAACACACUGCUGGCACCCGGCUGAGAGGAACUACACUAGAUGGAAAUAGCUCGGUUGAGAGCAUGUCACAGCUGCAUUUUGGGCAUCAUGGCUGUAUGGGAGAUGUUGGAGGGACACGUCCCUUGAGCGAGUGUGGAGUUCAUACGGUGGAUGUACCCUACACUCAGCCAUCGUCUGCAGCCAGUCUUGAUGGUGAGGUUACUCUGCAGGUGCCUUCACUCAGCCAGUGCAGCUCGUAUAGCCACAGAGGUUUCGAGGACUCGUACUAUAAUGUAUACGGGAGCAAUGACCUAGCGCUGAAAACCAGAAGCCUUCCUUCAUGGGGCCGCGCUAAGCAGCGUCCCCUGUCCACGGAGGAUGACUUGAGUGAGCUGUAUGCCAAGGUGAAUUUCAGCAAACGACGCAAGAACCGCAUGCGCAAUGACAGCGCAGCUGCCAUUGCCGCCACACGCAGCUUUCAGAACCAGCAGUGCUAUCUGUCACCCUUCCACACACUGCCAUCUGCACACACUGACACCGAUUCACUCGUCGACAAUGAGGCUGUGGUAGUUUAUGAUGAACGCACUGCCGUCUGAAGCCUGUCCUCGUUUCCAUCAGCUGCAUCAGCCAUGAGAGUGGGGAACCUUGCUGGCCUUGCAUCACAAGCAGGGACCAACAUUCGUGAAUUUGGCAUGACCCUUGUGUCUCUCUUUUCGAGCCUUCAUCGAAAGGGUUUUAGGCUCCUGUAGCUUUGUCACAAAUGUUACGUCAAUUACCUUAUCAAUGCCCUUAUAUAUACGACUAUAACGCAUCAUUUGUGCAUAUUAAUGGGAAAAUUUUGUUUGACUUUCUUUAAUUUCCCUGUCUAUUAACGAAUAGUAUUGCAUUGCAUUCAAAUUAUAAUUGGAUUAUUGCUAUUAUUUACGCUAUUCUAAGUUUUGUUGUUUUUCUUGUUUGUGACUUUCCUAUAUAAGUGGGAUGGCAAUUUACUCUGACUUUAAUGCAGUUGACUGUAUAACUGCGAUACGGGUUGCCAUUAGAAUUGUCAAUCAAAAAUCAAUUGUAAGGUAUAUUGCACCUGUGUUUCCACAGGCCACAGUUACAAUUAUAUGAACUGACUGAUUGCUUGGACCUGAAGGAAAUCGCAAGCGAUGUUUGGAGUCUGGAAGCCUGUCAGUCAGAAAAAUGAAUUUGAAAGAAAAAAUUUCAAUUCUUUCUGUGUUUCAAGUCUUCAGAAAUUUUGUAAAUGCACGUAUUGUUUCAUCUCUUAUUAAAUCUUGCAUUAGUGCAGACCCAAGGCUCACUUGUGGCCCAUCCCACACAUGAUGGUCUUCAUUUUGUAUAUAUUUUAUUUUCUUAACAAGUACGUUCAUAAACUACACAGAUGUGACUUGAGCAUUUUAUGCAUCAAGGGUGUAGCCAAAAAACAUUUCAUUAUUUUUACAAAAAUUUGGAAGUUUGUUAUUUGUACAGAGUUAAUUUCAGCAUAAGGGUAUGCUGUGCAAGAGGGUUGUGGGGGUGAGGCCUCCACUCCUCCUUGUGGAGGAGCUUGGUGCAUGAGGAGGGCACAAGAACCCCUGCUCUUUUCUAUAAUUGAUGCUGCUGAUAUCAUACUACUAGGUUCUCAUGACGCACUCUUUGAUGCGUACUACCAUGAAAUAGAAGUGCAGAAAUUACUACCUACCCAUCCACUGUGCCUGACUGUUCGCAAAUUCAUUAGCGAGCUUAUCACGAGGCUCAGUGUUUCUCCAUUGUGCCGUUUGAGCAUGCAUAUGGAAUUGCUGCUAGCGACUGGCUGCAUACUAGCAUAGAAUUCUUCAUUGGCCAACACAUUGCAAGCUUUUACUUGCAUGGUGCAUAGGUGGUGUGAAUUCCUCAGGGUGAGAACAGUGCGAUAUGGUCGCAUAUGAUUCGCUUAUAGUGUUAAAGAUUCCAGCUCGCAUAACCCGAAUACGUACAACCUCGAAAAAUGCAGUCAAUAUCUUGAAGCAGUAGACAAUCAAUAGUUUCUAUGUUGAAUGUUUUAAUUUCAUCGGAAUAACUGCCAUUAGCAGCCAAGCAGUGUUUGUAAGUGGGGCACAUGAAUUGCCCGGCUAGUACUAUGAAAAAUGCUGCUUAACUGUUAGCAGAAGUCACAUUCAGAGUUUAAAAUUUCAAAUGUCAAAUAUGCCAGACCUAUGAAAGCUAUAACAGUGCUUCCACCAAAAAACAAAAAAAAAAGUGUGAAAGAAAAUCGAUAAUGUAGAAGAAUUCUAAGUCCAAGCAGUUAGUCAGUCUAUCAACGGAGAAUUCAUUGACCUAAAAUGUUAUAGCGAUAUUUAUUUCUCACCAUUACAGAGGUCGAUGGAAGGUGUGAGAGAAAAAGUGUAACGCUUGAUGAGGUUCUCGCACUUUUCAAAACGGGCAACAGCAGGGAACAUCAUACAUUUCCACUCAUAUAAAUAACUUGACUGCUUCAGCAUUGGUGUAUAUGUAUCAGUGCUAAACCAUUUUCAGGUCUUUUGACAAAUUUGGAUGUAGCUGGAGGAGCCCGAAGGAUUGAAAUCUGAUGAAAAAGAUCUGCAGCCUAUGCUGUCUAUUCAGAAUAUAUUUUUAGCCACCGUGUAGGCAAAGCCUCGUGUUACACAAGAGUCGUAUUUUCAUGUUGAUGUGCUAUGCAUGUCUUUUUUGCCACCCGUCCUAAAAAUCCUGCAAACAGGGCAACUCGAAUGUGGCCGGAAGGGGAACGCCAUAGAAAAGUGUGAGCUGUUUCUGACGAAAACAGCUCAUUUUCGAGUAAAGGGUCGAGCUUGUUCGCACUCGUGGUUUCCCAACUUCGCUGCCACAUUCUGUUGUAAUCCGCUCUUGCUUUAGAAGAGAGCGAUCUUCCGCAACCUUAAUAUGUGCUUCCUCAGCAUUGUAGCGGUUUACUGUACGCCUAAGGAGUAGGCAGUGCCUAUGCAGCUACGUUAGCACAGCAUUUAAGUGCACAUGUAAGGGAGGAGCGCCGAAACACUUCAAAUGAGUGCGCGUGGCGAGCUGCAAGACCAAAGUGUUCUUCAGUGUCUGGUUUCUGUGCCUCUCGGAGCUUGGUGGCAACACACUAUUCUAUAACCAGCUUUGAGAUCGAUUCCCAGCGUGCACUGUGUAGGUGCUGAGGCAGUGCUACUGUGAACUGUCAGGGUCAACAUGCCUUUAACUCUCAAAUUAACUUACGCAUACUACAGUGUAUGAGGAAAGCCUUCUGGGGUGUGCAUUUCAGCCAACAGGAUUGACAGAUAGGGUCACCAUAGCAAAGGUGACCUUCCACAGAAAAUGCUGGCGAUCAUUUUUGCACUGUGCAUAAACAAUCUUGUGCACCCUUUUUUAAAAGCAUUUGUACCGUACAAGAUCUGUGUACUGUGUGAUGUUGGCUGCUAAAUAUGCAAUAUCACAAUAACUUUUAUAUCCUUGUGCAGUGCUUGUUGUUUGCUGUUGGUUAAGGCUUUGGAACUGGUGAAUGCACUAGCCUUCGAUUGUGCAAUAUUGUAGAGUGGGAUCCUAGACAUGAAAUCACUUUGGUGUUUUCGAGCUUAUACUAUAUACUGCUGAAGUGAAGUGUAACAUAUAUAUGUGGUAUAUGCAUAUCGUAAGGUACAGGUGGGGAAAAUGCACACAGUAGUAGUAUUCAAUCAGAAAAUAAGGAACAGAUUUUGUAUAACAUUUUUCUUGUGUGAAUUUUGGCACGCAAGUGUGGCUGUUUGAUAUUAUUGCUCAUUUUUGGUACAUGUAUCGUGAAAACUACUAGCAUUUUAUAGAUGUCUCUUUCUUUAUUUAUGACCUUUGCAAACACCGCUGUCAUGGACACAUGGGUAUCCAGUUAGAUGUGGGUUUAAAUGGGUACUGACAAACUUGACGGGUUUUUCCCCCAUGUACUUCAAGUUCUGGUAGACAUUCUAAUUGCAUGUAUGUGCAGCCCCCAAAAUCUUUAACUAGCGUGCGUAGCGGCAACUUUAUCCGUGCAUCAGUGCCGCAUGAUGGAGCCUAUUGGCAUGAAAUGGUUUUUUGGGCAUGCGCUUUGUUGAUGUACUUUUACCGUCACCCUCUUUUCAACUUGGCUUUGUCAUAUGGUGCGGAUGCACAGGAAAUGUCGGAGCACGGGCACGCCAUUUAAAGAUAUGGGUGAUUGUACGUAUAGAAGCAUGAGUGUUUCUAAGGACAUAGUCGCUUACUAGGACAGAAUGAGUCCAGAAUAGUUUUCAACUUGACUGGCUUCAUGUUGAGUUUGUUUUUGUUAAGCUUCAAAUUUUGUUGUAAGUGUAAUAUGUACAUAUAUCUUUUAUUGCAAUGUGCAUUAUUGUAUGAAAAAGCCGUUUAUUAUGCCACUAUCAGUUGGCACUCUAAGAACAAGUUAUAUUUUUUGUUUUGUUUUUAUUAACAUUUCCUAACUAAUGACACACUAGUGAAAUAUGUUUGUUUUCAAAGUUACCAUAAUCAUAUGGUAGCUUUGGGACGUUAAA